AUGAGCGACGGCACAAGCAUACACGGCGGUAUCCACCGCCGGCGAACCGAUCCAAACCCGGAUCCAGUGUCGCGCGCGCGCGCCGCCGUCCCCCUCGUCAUCACCCUCAACUGCCUCGAAGACCCCUCCUUCGAGCAGGAAACCCUUGCCGGCGUCGCGGCCGUCGAGCACAUCGGCCUCUCCCCACCUCGCUCCGGCCGGAUGGAGUCCGCCGCCGCCGUCAUCGUCCACUCCCUCGCCUUCCUCCCGCGGCGCGCCCAGCGCCGCCUCCAGCCAUGGCAGCUCAUCCUCUGCCUCGGAUCCACCGACGCGCUCCGUCGACUCCGCCUCGCCGCCGACCUAGGGCUCCGGUUGUCCACGUGGGACGUGGAUCGAGCUGACGAGGUGGCUGACACCGUGAUGGCGCUUAUUCUAGGGUUGCUGAGGAGGAACCAGCUGUCGAGGUAUUCGUCGUCCUCGUCGGGCGUGGCGUUGGAAUCGGUGAUCGGGCCGCCGCUAUGUAAGGGGAUGAGGAGGUGUAGGGGUUUGGUUUUGGGGAUUGUGGGGAGAUCAGCGUCGGCGAGGUGCUUGGCGACGAGGAGUCUGGCAUUCAAGAUGAGCGUGCUUUACUUUGAUCUCCAUGAGGGAAGUGGAAAAUCAACACGGAGAUCUGUUUCAUUCCCCCCUGCUGCUCGAAGAAUGGACACACUACAUGAUUUAUUGGCUGCUAGUGAUCUUAUAUCUCUUCAUUGUGCACUAUCAAAUGACACUAUGCAGAUUAUCAAUGCAGAAUGUCUACAACAAAUAAAGCCUGGAGCAUUUAUUGUGAAUACAGGUAGUAGUCAGCUAAUAGAUGAUUGUGCGGUAAAGCAGCUUUUGAUUGAUGGCACUAUAGCUGGCUGCGCUUUGGAUGGCGCUGAAGGGCCACAAUGGAUGGAAGCAUGGGUGCGAGAGAUGCCAAAUGUUUUGAUCCUUCCACGGAGUGCAGAAUAUAGUGAAGAAGUAUGGAUGGAGAUAAGGGAGAAAGCUCUCUCUAUAUUGCACUCAUUUUUCCUUGAUGGACUCGUUCCCACUAAUGCUGUCUCUGACGAAGAUGAAGAAAAAAGUGACAUUGGAUAUGAAGAAGACCAAUCGGAUAAUCAAGUAAAAGGAAAUGCCAUGCAAAUUUGCCGUCGUGAACAGCAGUCAAAUGAAAGCCAGUCAGUUCCGAACAAUCAGAAAUUUGGCAUUCAUCAAGUAAAAGAGUCACAAGUUUCAGGUCUGUCUCAAACUGUUUCAACAAGGUCUGAGGGAAGGCGUAGUAGAUCUGGCAAGAAAGGAAAGAAGAGGCCUGCUCGCCGUAGAUCCCCACAAAAAUCUGAUAAUUAUUCAGGUGUAGAAAGUAGUAGCAAUUAUGCUUCUAAUCGUGAUGAUGAUAUAAGUGGCAGGGAUCAAGUGUUAAGUUCCAGUUCAAGGUUUGCUUCUCCAGAUGAUUCUAGAAAUAAGCUUAUCAGUGCUUUUGAAUCUACUCUGGAGUCAACUCCUGAAAAGCCAGUGACAGCAAGGUUAGGGCCCGGUCAAAGAUCUGGUGAACUGCUGAAAGAUGGUUAUGUUAUAGCUUUGCAUGCAAGAGAUCGUCUGGGGUUGCAUGUGUCUAGGCAAAGAGUUCCUGGUGGUGGCUGGUUUCUUGAUACACUGUCCAAUGUGACGAAACGAGACCCUGCUGCACAGUUCCUUGUUGAUUUUAAAAGCAAGGAUACACUAGGACUGCGAUCUUUUGCAGCUGGUGGAAAAUUAUUGCAGAUAAAUAGAAGAAUGGAAUUUGUAUUUGCAAGUCAUAGUUUUGAUGUGUGGGAGAACUGGAUGUUGGAAGGUUCUCUUCUGGAAGAAUGUAAACUUGUCAACUGUAGGAACCCACUGGCUGUAUUGGAUGUUCGCAUUGAGAUUCUAGCAGCAGUGGGUGAAGAAGAUGGAGUCGCUAGAUGGAUUGAUUAAGUUAUAUCCAAUGAACAUCUCGUUUUUUCCUCGGGUGUUUCUUUCUUGGGUUUUUUCAAUUUGUUUGUUCUUGUACUAACCUUAUAAGCUAGCGACCAUUUGAGUUUUGUUUUAGGAAUAUCUGCCCACCUCAUUUAUGAGUUUUACAUCGCUUGGUUUGUAUUUUUAAGUUUUAUGCAAUACUUUUGAUCUGACUGUGCUAAUCACGUCAAUUUUGUUGUUGAACA